AUGGUGGACAAGUUCCUUACAAAGUAUUUCCCACCCACAAAAAAUGCAGACGUGAGGGAGGAAAUCAUUUCUUUUAGGCAAAGAGAGAAUGAAACAGUCAACGAAGUAUGGGAACGUUUCAAGGAGCUAAUGAGAAGUUGCCCAAACGUAGGAAUUCCAGCCUGUGUACAAAUUGAACAUUUUUAUCGAGAUUGCGAUAUACCAACAAAAAUGAUGUUAAACACAACCGCAAAUGGAAAGUUCACUUCUAAGACAUACAACGAGAUCAUCACCAUUCUUGAUCAGUUAACUGAACAUAACUAUCUAUGGUGCUCAGAGAGAUCAAGGACUCAACCAAAGACCAUAGAUCGUGCAGGAGUGUUUAAUCUUGACGCGAUGUCAUCAAUGCAGAGUCAAUUAGAUACCCUUAUGCAAAUGAUGAAGAAUAUGCAAGGGAAUAAUGUUGCACCUACACCAACAUCCACAAAUACUAAUCUUGCUCCUGUUUAUCAUAUGAUUGAAUCUAUUUGUUAUUAUUGUGGAGAUUCUCAUAAUUCUGAAAAUUGCCCAUCUAAUCCAACUUGUUUAUGUUAUGUAGGGCAAGGGAGUUCCAACAAUGCGGGUCAAGUUCAAAACCAACAAUAUAAGACCUAUAACCGCCCAGGAGUCCUUGUUUUACCUCCACCUCCACAGCAACACAAUCAACAGAAAAAUGCAUCACAGCCAGUGCAGUUUACUAUGAGUUGUAUGGAAAGUAUGAUGAAGGAAUGUAUGACCAGUAUGAUGAAAGAAUUCACGAUUAGGAAUGACACAGCUAUGCAAGAAUUCACGACUAGGAAUGACACAGCUAUACGAGAUUACACAUCUAGAAAUGACGCAGCUAUGCGAAAUUUGGAAGCUCAAAUGGGGCAGCUUGCUAGUGAACUCAAGAAUCGACCUCGAGGUACAUUACCUAGCGCUACGGAGGAGCCCAAAAUAGAAGGUAGGGAGCAUUGCAAAACAAUUACAACUCGGAGCGGGCUAGCUUAUGAAGAACCAAAAAUGCCAAGAGAGGGAUCAUCAUGUCCCACAAAAGAAAAAGAGACAGCAACAGAACCUGACGAACCAAUAGAAAUUGAGAUGCCUACUUAUGCAAAGUUCUUAAAAGACAUAAUAACUAGGAAGAAAAAGUUAGGAGAGUAUGAGACAGUAGCUUUGACAGAAUGUAGUAGUAAUGUUUUUAAGAGCAAAAUGUCCCCUAAGCUUAAAGAUCCUGGCAGCUUUACAAUCCCUUGUUCAAUAGGAGGUAAAGAUGUAGGGAGAGCACUAUGUGAUUUAAGGGCUAGCAUAAAUCUCAUGCCUUUGUCUAUUUUUAAGAAGUUAGAGAUAGGGAAAGCUAGUCCUACCACCGUCACACUCCAGUUAGCAGAUAGAUCGAUCACCAAGCCAGAAGGAAAAAUAGAAGAUGUCUUAGUAAAGGUUGAUAAAUUUAUUUUUCCUGCUGAUUUUAUUAUUUUAAACUGUGAAGCUGACAAAGAUGUGCCUAUCAUUCUCGGACGCCCAUUCCUAUCUACAGGAGAAACUCUAAUUGACGUAAAAAAGGGAGAACUCACGAUGCACGUUGAUGAUCAAAAGGUGACGUUCAAUAUGUUGGAUGCAAUGAAAUAUCCGGACGAUAUGGAAGAGUGUGCAACAAUUAGCAUUAAUAAGGGACUUACUUGUUAUGAGUUGGAUGAUUUGUUAAAUGCAGAAAUAGAGGCACAGUUAGAAGAAGCAGAAAAAGAAGGCAUCAUUACGACAAUCACUUUGAAGAAAGAAAAGAGAAAGUCAAUUUGGCCUUUAAAAAUAGAACCACCAUGA